AUGGAAUCCUACGAUGACUUGAUUACCACAGCGUUUUGCGGAGAGAAGCCCAAGUGCGACCAGACUCUAAGUCAGAAGGCCGCAUUGGAACGUGUGCUGAAGGAAAUUAACAACGGAGCAAAAGCAUGUGCCCCUGAGAGGGCCAGGUGCGAGGCCUCCGAGGCGAAUCUUAAGGCAAACGCACAGGCCAAGGACUCCAUUGCAAGUCUCAGGAUCAACGACGAUGACGCAGCCUUCCUUGGUAUUAGGAAGUACAGGCGCUCAUCCGUGGAUGCGCUCAAGGAGAAAGAAAAUGAGGUCGAGAAAGAGGCGCUCGUAGCAGAUGAUGAUGAUGAGGCGGAAGACGAUGAACCCAACGCUGGUGGUGGUGUCUCGACCUAG